AUGAGUUACCCGCUCUUGCGACGUCUGCCGCUAGGAUCAUUGGAUCGACAAGUCGCACGUGCUAGUAUGCAACUAUGUCAUAAGAUUGUUAUGCAACAGCUCUAUAUCUCUCGAAUCGAUACAAUGAAACAAUGGAUGGUCGUGUCGAAUCCGUCGGAUGAGUGCGUCGACUUGACAAACUUUAGUCUUCGUUGUGACGGCUGUAGCGACGUCUUUUACUUUCCAGAUAAAUACACGUUACAACCGGGUAGUGAGGUGAUGAUUUGGUGUUCACCGGGAGGUUUAGAUCUAGACAAAGACAACCUAUUGCUGCCGUAUCUCUUUUGGACCACAGCCGACGGCUCGUUGCGUCAUGAACCGUUUUUUGUAUCACAAGCUCAAGCCAACGAAGUGCUGCUGCUAGAUCCGCUACUGGUAGAAGUGGCGUCGAUCCGAGUGACUGCAGAUGGAAAGAAAGAGUUUCGAGUGCUGCAUUGCAAGUCGAUGCACUCGAAGACGAGUGAAAUUGCUAUGAGAUUCUGCGUCGGGUGUUUGUCACCGCCAGAGUCUGAAAAACGAACGUCACGACCAAGUCCCGAGAGUGAAAAAGUCAUGGCAUUGUCGUCGGAUUCUCGAGAGAUUUAUGUCUUUUCAAGAUAUUGGGGGGUGGGCUCGGACAAGUCACUGGUUGAGCACUUUUUGGCAGUGAUUUUAGUACCUCUAGUGGAAUCCUUUCGUGCAGUGUUGAUCUACAUUAUGUUGUGUAUGUUCCAAUCGGAGUUGAAGAAUACACUGGAGUCGCAGUUACGCUCGAAAGUAACGAAACUUUUGCUCAUGAUACUGGCAUGCGACGUGAUUGCACGAAGAUUCAUGCUCUGCAUCAAGAGUGGAUUGCUCGUCACUAUUGCAAGCUUUACGGCUGUCGUACUGGACCAAUUGGCUCUUGUAGUGCUUUACUUGUCGCUGCAAAGGCUGUACCCGACGUUGAGUAUGUCCUUUCAGUACAUGCUCACAUUCGACCUAGGUGUUUGCUGUUUGAAUGCUGCUGCGGUACAUGUGCGUUUUCUUGAGGCUCGGCAUAACUGGCAUCCAUUGUUCAAGCAGUUUGCACGAUGGGACCACACAUUUCGAGGGUUUCUGUGCAUUAGUGGCAUUGGUCGCGAGCUGUUACUGCAUCUACUGCUUCUGCUCCCGCUUAGCAAUCACCCCUCAUCUGUGUGGAAGGCUGUAGGAUAUCUGCUCGUUCCGCUCUUUACUGUGGCCACAGGUGGCGACUUGUUACGUGCGGUAGCCACCCUAUUGCACGUGGUCAAGUAUCCAAUUGAACAAGUAAAAACUCAAUGGCGACGCCUGCAGAUACAUUGCGAAGGAGUGUCUGAGUGUGACGAGGAGGACGAAUUCUCUGAAGAAGAGCCUCAGAAAGAGAACCCACUCAUGGCGUUCGUGACACCUAAAGCUCUUCGCUUCCGGUCCGUCCACCCGUAUAGUUAA